AUACCUCAAUAAUGUAAUUAACAUCUGUCCUCUCACAUCGUGUUGUGUGUGUGUGGUGAGCACUUAAGAUUUACUGUUCAAGAUUUCGAGCAAAUAAAACAGUUUUAUUAACUGUAGUCACAUUAUAUAUUAGAACUCCACAACUUAAUUCAUCCUGCAUGGUUGAAACUUUGUACUCUUUAAGUUUUUGAUUUAUAGUUUUUAAUGUUUGUUUCAUUUCAUGCAUUGGAUUUCUUGCUACUACAACUCCUGUUAUUCAUGUGUGUUUUGGAUGGGUUUUGCUUAAAAUAAGCACAUAAUAUUUGCCACUAUCUCUCCGAUGCUUUAUCUCAUUUCUGGGUUUUCCCAUUCUGAUUUAGGCUAGUUACCAUUUUCUUAAUGACCUUCAACUCAUUUUGCAAUAGGAUACCGUUUUGAUUUGCUUUCUGGGUACAUCGUUCUGGCAUGCUUUCAUUGUCUGGACAGAUGUUAUUCUGUUCCAUAUUCUUUUUAUCUGAGGUUUUUUCUAAGUUUCUAGAAGGAAGUGUAGUUCAGGAUAGUUUUUCUGGCUUCAUAUAACUCCUCAAACCAUGAACUAACUCCUAUUGGGCACUUAUCCUCUUUUUCACUUACUUGCUUUUUAUCACAGUUAACCACUCCAAAACUCAGCUUGCAAAGAUAUGAUGUCAUCAAAAUGAUGUAGAACAAUUCUGUUGAAACUGAGCUACAUUGAGCUGGUAGUUCCUCUGACAGAUGUCAGGUAUUGCUGUUUGCUUCAAAUUUAAAACACUCCGUUGUGCCCUGUGAGUUUGCUGUGGCCCGUGUGACACUGACCUACAGUUGAGGUGAUGCUGAUCUGACCACAUUUAGUAGGACUCUUAACUGUUUUUAAAAAAAAAAGUGGAGGUACAGAAGAAAGAUUUUCAAAGUUGUACUGCCAGCCAAGAAGAAAAGCUCUUCCUUUGGACCCAUGUACUCAGGCAAGCAGAUUGACUAAAAAGAACAUAUUCAAAUCCAUUUGAAAACAGCCUGUUCCAUGGGAAACGGCACGAGCAGACUCUAUAGUGCUCUCGCCAAGACACUGAACAGCAGCACUGCCUCCCAGCACCCAGAAUAUUUGGAGUCACCUGACCCAGAACAUCUGGAGCCCAUUGAUCCUAAAGAGCUCCUCGAGGAAUGCAGGGCAGUCCUGCACAGUCGACCUCCCCGGUUCCAGAGGGACUUUGUGGAUCUGAAGACAGAUUGCCCCAGUAGCCACCCACCUAUAAGGGUCAUGCAGUGGAACAUCCUCGCUCAAGCUCUCGGGGAAGGCAAAGACAACUUCGCACAGUGCCCCGUGGAAGCACUCAAGUGGGAAGAGCGGAAGUGUCUCAUCCUAGAAGAAAUCCUAGCCUACCAGCCUGACAUCUUGUGUCUCCAAGAGGUGGACCACUAUUUUGACACCUUCCAACCACUCCUCAGCAGACUGGGCUAUCGAGGCACAUUUUUCCCCAAGCCCUGGUCACCUUGUCUAGAUGUAGAGCAUAACAAUGGACCAGAUGGCUGUGCCUUGUUUUUCCUCCAGAACCGAUUCAAGUUAGUCCACAGUACCAACAUCAGGCUGACGGCCAUGGCCUUGAAAACCAACCAGGUGGCCAUUGUACAGACCCUAGAGUGCAAGGAGUCCAGUCGACAGGUCUGCAUCGCCGUCACCCACUUAAAAGCACGAUCUGGCUGGGAGCAGUUUCGAUCAGCUCAAGGCUGUGACCUUCUUCGGAACCUGCAGAACAUCACCCAGGGAGCCCAGAUUCCCCUUAUUGUUUGUGGGGACUUCAACGCAGAGCCUACAGAGGAUGUCUACAAACAUUUUGCUUCCUCCAGCCUCAACCUGAGUAGCGCCUACAAGCUGCUGAGUCCAGAUGGGCAGUCAGAACCUCCGUAUACUUCCUGGAAGAUCCGGACCUCAGGGGAGUACCGGCACACCCUGGACUAUAUCUGGUAUUCUAAACACUCUCUGAGUGUGAGGUCAGCUCUGGAUUUGCUCACUGAAGAACAGAUUGGAGCCAGCCGGCUCCCAUCCUUCAAUUAUCCUUCAGACCACCUGUCUCUAGUGUGUGACUUCUGCUUUAAUAAGGAACCUGAUGGACUUUCAUAAACACUUUGUAAUCACAAGUCUUAACCAGGGAUGUUUCAGGAAAACAAAUAGGAUAAGUUGCCUGAGGAAGGAUUCCCAGUUUCUCUCACUUCACUUUCCAUGUUUCCAGCAUGCCUCAGGGAAGGAAUCCCACUAGUUCACAAAUGUUUUCCAUUAAACCCUUCAGUGAAAAAGGUGUUUGCACUCCAGUUUUGGCUUUUUUUUUUUUUUUCUUUCCCCUAGCAUUAAAUUUAGAUCAAUUAAGGGCAUUCAAUUAGUCUUGUGUUGAAGCUUUCAGUUUGAUGACACUAUAUAAAAAUACUUUUGAGUCUUCCAUAAUUAACAAGUAUGCAGGAACAAUUUCUCUAGACAGUAUUUCAAGUUAUUUAUUUGUGGUUUUAAAUGUCAACAAGAUAUGCAUGGCAGUAUUUAUAUUUUAUAUCUUAAUGUGAAAAUAAUAGCAUUACAAACAUUUAAAAACCAUGCAAAUAUAAGUUAUAGAGUAAUUUAUAGUAAUUUUCUUAAGGCUUUACUAUGUUUUUAUUUGGGGUCUAACAAAAUAGUGCACAAAGGAACUAUUUAGCCUGAAGGCCCCAGGGGUUUUUGUUUGUUUUUAAAUGGAAAUAGCUGGUCUUGAUAAGUUCUUCAUAACAAUUCUUGCUGUGCCUCCAUGUUCCCAUUUUAUUUCUUGAAGAGAUUCCAUGACCAGUUGGUCUUUGUUAUUUAAUCACUGUUACACAUUUACAGUUUUCUGUUGGAAUGCUAUUCGUAUACAUUUGUGGCCACUCAAUGUCACAGCGAUUUGUAUUGGAAUGUGCUUUUCACGAUAGGUUAUUUAGGAGCUGUUAUGUGGCAGUGGCUAGUAAAGUCAGUGGGACCUUCUUUUCAGAGAUGGAUAACUAGAAAACCUGUUCACAAGGCUGUCAUUGCAAUUUCUUAAGAUAGCCAGGUGACUGGUUCAAAGUGUCUAGAAAGAAUGUAAAAGGAAAGAUAACCUAGAAUUCUUUCAUUGGGGAAAAAAAAGUGGUCAAGAUAACAGGUGAAGCCCCUUCCAAACAAAAUCCCAGCAAAUAACCUAUUGGUAAUAAAUUAAAUAUUUUAAUCCAUGAAUUGUAUAUAUUAAAAAUUAAUAAAUGGUCUUUUAAAACUA